AUGGCUGAACAUCUGGAGAACCAUCUUCAAUGUCCCACCGGUCUGGACGUCUUCAAAGAUCUUGUCAUGCCGCUGCCGUGCAGUCACAACUUCUUCCGUGCGUGUCUGCAGCAGUGGAAGGACGCAGGAGAACGAUCGUGUCCAGUCUGUCGGAAAGGGUUUAGUUUGAGGGAUCCGCCUUCCAACUUGGCACUGAGGAAUAUGUGUGAGAACCUUUCACCAGCCUCAGUCAAGUCAGAAGACAUGUGCAGCUUGCAUGAGGAGAAACUUCAACUCUUCUGUUUGGACCACCUGGAGCUUGUGUGCCAUAUCUGCAGAGAUGCAAAAAUCCACGUUGGUCACAAGUUCCGGCCCCUCGAAGAAAUUGUGAAAGGUCAUCAUGAGGAACUCCAGGAAGAACUGCAGAAGGCCAAGGAAAUACUCCAAGAUUACAACGACUGUCAUGAGAACUGCAACAAACAGGCAGAGUACAUCAAAGUCCAGAGGGAGAAUGUCGAACGCAAGAUUAAGAAGGAUUUUGAGGAGCUCCGUCGCUUUCUCGACAUCGAGGAGGAGGCCAGGUUGGCUGCGGCAAGGGAGGAAGAGACCAAGAAGAAUCAAACGAUGAAGGAGAAGAUGGCGGCUCACGGCGAACAAACGGCCGCUCUCUCAGAUCUCAUCAGAAGCAGUGAGGAGCAGCAAGCGUCUGGCAAUGUUUUUGUCAUGAAGAAGUUCAAGACUGCGAUGAGCAGAAUCCAGGAGCUGCCUGAAAAGCUGCCAGGAGGUCUGCUGGAUGAAGCCAAACACGUGGGCAAUCUCAAAUUCAAGGUGUGGGAGCGGAUGAAGGAGACGCUCGCCUACAGUCCCGUCAUUCUGGACCCCAACACGGCCGGUCCAAGAAUCAGUCUGUCUGAAGAUCUGAGCAGUCUGAGUUUGGAAGAAGUACAGCAGGAGCAUCCAAAGAAUCCAGAGAGGCAAAAGUGGAACUGUGUGCUGGGUGGUGCUUUGGACCCGGGAAGACACGUGUGGGACGUUGAGGUGGGAGACAACAAUGCCUGGGAAGUGGGAUUCAUAAUUGGGGACCCUUGUUUGCCAGAGGAAAUGACUAGUUGGUUUAUUGGAUUUUGUGAUGGGGAAUACUUCAAGCCCAAUUGCAAUUACGGAGAAUGGUAUCCGCUUGUCAAUGUGCAGAGGCUAAGAGUUGAAGUGGACGUGAAAGAAAGGGAGCUGUCCUUCUCUGAGCCUCUUUCGAACACCGAAUUGUGGAACGCUGAGAAGCCUUCCGAUUGGCCAGACUUGUCCGAUAACCACAAAAUGUAUCCUUACUUUUCAACAAGCAGUGAAAUUCCUCUAAAAUUAAUCCCCUUUCCACCUUGUGUUACAACAGCCAUCAGUUAG